UGGACAAGGCUACACAAUGGACAGGAAAAUACAAGAGCAGAAGAAUUUAACUGGAACUCUGAUAGUCGCUGUCUUCACUGCAGUGCUGGGCUCUCUACAGUUUGGAUAUGGAAUUGGAGUCAUUAAUGCCCCACAAAAGGUCAUUGAGAAACACUAUAUGGAAGUGCUGGGCUUACAGCCGGAGGAAAUUGCGGUGAAGAGUGGAAAUAUGACAGAGGAAAUCAAAAUGCCCUCUGUUGUUACCAUGUACUGGUCCCUCUCUGUGUCCGUUUUCUCCAUAGGGGGUUUGGUGUCUUCCUUUUUUGUUGGCUGGAUUGCAGAUAAACUAGGAAGGAUCAAAGCAAUGAUGGCUGUAAAUACUCUGGCUGUCAUUGGAGCACUUCUCAUGGGGUUGGCUCCUCUGGGUCAAGCUCAUGCUCUAGUUAUUUCUGGUCGACUUGUAACUGGCCUUUAUUGUGGAUUAACAUCAGGAUUAGUUCCCAUGUAUAUCGGGGAGAUUUCCCCCACGGCACUACGAGGAGCUCUGGGAACCAUGAACCAGCUUGCGAUCGUCACUGGAAUUUUAAUAAGUCAGAUUGUUGGCCUAGAAUUUAUCCUGGGCAGUGAGAGUUUAUGGCCUGUCCUCCUGGGACUUUCUGGUGUCCCCGCUGUUAUUCAGACUAUCAUGCUGUUCUUUUGCCCAGAAAGCCCCAGAUAUGUCUACAUUAAACUCGGAAGGGAAGAAGAUACUAAAAGAAUUUUGAAAAGACUUAAGGGAGAUUAUGACACAUCCAAAGAUAUUGAGGAGAUGAGGAAGGAGAAGGAAGAAGCAGCGCGUGAAAAGAAAGUUUCUAUUAUUCAGUUGUUUAAAUCUCCAAAUUACAGACAACCCCUCCUAGUAUCGCUGGUCCUUCACAUCUCUCAGCAGUUUUCUGGCAUCAAUGCGAUUUUUUACUAUUCUACAAGCAUAUUUACUAAAUCAGGAAUUAGCCAACCAGUAUACGCAACCAUAGGAGUUGGUGCGGUAAACACAAUCUUCACUGUGGUUUCGGUGUUCCUUGUAGAGAGAGCUGGAAGAAGGUCCCUAUAUAUCAUUGGUUUAGCAGGCAUGUGCGUUUGUGCUGUCAUCAUGACUAUUUCUCUAGCUCUUCUGGCUCAGCAUGCCUGGAUGAGCUAUCUGUGUAUGGUUGCCAUCUUUCUCUUUGUGAUCUUCUUUGAAGUCGGGCCGGGUCCCAUCCCUUGGUUCAUUGUUGCUGAAUUGUUCAGCCAAGGUCCUCGACCUGCAGCUAUGGCAGUAUCUGGAUUUGUCAACUGGACCUGUAACUUCAUAAUUGGAAUGUGUUUUCAGUACAUUGCAGAUGCAUGUGGACCUUACGUGUUCAUCAUUUUUGCAGUUCUUCUACUUGGUUUUACCAUAUUUACAUACUUCAAAGUUCCAGAAACAAAAGGGAAGUCUUUUGAUGAGAUAUCUGCUGAGUUCCGUAGGAAGAAGCUCAAGGGAGGCAAAUCGACAGAGAUGGAGUACCUGGGAACAAGUACAGAAGCUUGAGCUCUAUGAGACGUGGACAUUUAUUUUUACAUUUCAGAAACGACCAUAUGUGAAAUAGGGUAACAACUGACCAUUUUGUGUUUUUUUAUAGAUACAUAUUUUUAUAAAGCUGAACUUCUGAUAUUAGGGCAUGGAGAAUGCAUGUGUUGUAUGUAUGUGAAUGAGGUUAAUAGCAGAGGAACACACUGAACUUAUUUCCAAAAAUAAAUGAGGGUUAAUUAGUGAAAUGAUGAUCAUUUACUGCAGCUGAGAAAUACCUCUAAUAUCAGUUUUGCUCUACUGAUGCUGUAAGAAUCCUUCAAGUCACCUGUACAGAGCAGAAGAACAUUACUGUAGAAAGCAUACAUUUGAUGUUCUUAGUGUCUGCAGUAUGUUUGUUUUGCCCUGAUUAUGCAAGCUAUUAGUGUAAAAACAGUUCAUUUAUCUGAUAACACUAAGUCUAAAUACAAAACAAUCACAGAACCAUGACACCACUUUCCAGAACAUUUGUCGUGGUGGAAGAACCUAUGUACCUGUCCAUAUCCAUUCUUGUGACUUGUGCUAGUUCGUGGGCACCCUAGGCGGUGCUUGUCUCCAUUGUGCAUCUCCUCUUGCAGCCUACUUUAGGGGGCAGGAGGUGGGGGGAGGCAUCAGCUCCUCCUGGAGCUGUGUGUGUGUGGAGCUUGGCUGUAUCAUCAUACAGUAGCAGUAGCAAUGCCUGCCCUGCUUAUACAACGGUAGAAAGAAUAUGGAGACUACACCACAAAUCCUGGACUAUGGGGUCAUUUUUUUUUUUGAGUGACCAACAUUUUUUAUGUUUGGUCAAAACAUACAAUAAGAUCUAUAGCUGGUAUAUUUUGGACUUGAUAUGUAAAUAUGAAUAUUAGUGUUACACAAGAUAAUGUUAACAAUAACUUAUUUGUUGUGGUAAAUAGAAGUCAAAACCAGAGUACUAAAUUAUGAAGUUUUGUCCCAGUACUAUUUUGUAGAAUCUGGAAACAGCACACAAUCGACAUAAUUAAAACUAUUAAAUGAAAGUAAUUUCAGCAAGGACAGCUUACUUCGGGCCAAUAUACAACCGUUUUAACAGUAAUGAACCAGUUUAUGUGAAAGCAGUUUAAUUACAAAUCGAAAUUCUGUGUUUUAAACUCUUCCAUCCAAUACAUUUUUUAAUAAAAAAAAUCACCAUUCCAAGUAUCAGGACAGCAGGUGUUCUAGGCUUGGAACCCCUGCCACUCAUCAAAUAAACCCCCUUCACACACAAAUAGGGAUCUAAUGGCUAAGUCUAUUGCUUGGCAGGACUAUUUAUAAAAAACAGUGUUUCUGGCACAUAGGGCUUUUCAUAUAUUAGGAGCGCUGAUUAAUGAAUCAAUCAAUUUACUGUUUACAGUUUUACACCAGUCUGUUACAUUAUCUAGGUGGUUUAUUUUAUAGUAAUCUAGAAGUGACUUGGAAUAUUUUCAAAAUGACCAUUUGAGUAUUUUGGGUUAAUGAAUUUGAUUAUUGUUAUGACUGGGCAUAAAUCUAAACUAUAAUUUAUCAUGUAAUGAAAAUAUUGUUUAUCUGGUGUGGGGUCUGUUACAAUACUGUAUGCUGUUGUAACACACUGUCCAGCAGAUAUGUCAAUAUAACCUGGAAACAGAAGUGCCCAUUUAUAGGAGGUUAGUAUGCCAGUAUUUAUUAUUGUAUAUUAUUACUGUUUAUAUUAGUCAUUUGGAGAAUCAUUUCUAGAAUAUUCUAAAAUACAUAUAAAAAUGAUCUUCAUCCUCAGAAUUCUACCCUUCAUUAAAUUGUUUACAAGAAUUCCUCAGUACUGGCAAAGGGAGUAACAAAACAAAUAAAAACAUAUCUCCUUGAUCAGUAAUUAAUUGAACGGAAGCUUUUGUGAAAGGCAAUGAAUUAAGCAAUCGGGGUGCUUAGAGGAAAGGUCUUCAGGUGUACCCCAGGAGAUAAGAGGUGAAGUUGAGGUAAGGACAGGGACCUUUACAGACUGUAUAAAUGCAGCCUGUGUAAAUAACCACACACUGCCCAUACUACACACAUGUGGCUGCAUCUGUAUUUAUUACCUUCAGUGGCGCAGAGAGAGGGGGGGAGAGGGUACAAAUGACCUGGGCCUAGGUCUGAUGGGGGGGGGCCCGGGUCCCCUCUCAUCCCCACCCCCCCACCCCUCCUUGCCUGGAAGCAGCAGGUGCAGCUUUUCUUCACUGCAGUAUGGAAGUGCUUAAAAUACAAUUUUUUCAGUUUUUUAUUGUAAGGGUGCAUGGCCACGCCUCCUGUGAUUGGACCAUGCCCCCUGAAAAGUAAGCACAGGAAGUUGUUUUACGGGGGCCCAGGAUUUCUCUUGACAGCCCUGAUUACCUUCCUUCUUAAGUCCCGCCUCGACAUCUGACCAAUGCGUCUCUGGCCUCUGCCACUUUAAUUAUCCACCAAUAUGGAGUCCUAUUUGCCAACUCUUCUGUGCAAAAUUGCUCAAGCUGGUUUAGGUUAAUUGAACAGCAAGUUUAGCACCUUGACACUGAUUUGCAAAAUGAUGUAGGUUAGGACUCUGAAUUGAUGCCUUAAGGACUCAAUGUUCUUUUGUUUAAGCCACUUCAGUGUUGCUUUUACAGUGUUAUUUGGAUUAUUGCCAUAUUUAAAGACAAACUUCCUUUUUGUGCACUUUUCAUCUACCUGCUGAUCACAAGAAGACUAUCAGUCCUCCACCACUAAAAAACAACCCCAUAACUUAUUGUUUAACUUUUCAUUUAAUGGAGUGGAUGGUGGUUCUUGGCUUGUGUACAGUGUUUUAUUAGUUUUAUUAGUAUAAUAUAAUAUCAAGGGAAGAAAGUUUCAUUGUAGUCUUGUCUGAUCUUACAAGAUUUUCAGCCACUCUUUACUGGUGAGGAUGGGCUUUUACUCAAUCUGGCCUUCAUCCAUACCACAUGUAACGCCAGCUGAGGACAUGAGGAUAAACAGUCAGCACCUUCGUACCAGUGAAUCUGUCAGCUGUUGAUCUUCAGUAUCAGUAUUACGCUAGGAGUGUGGUGUGGGAAUGUGAUGAUCCUAGAUGGUCACACCAACCUCCCACCUACAAAGAUAAGAAGCAAUGGCGUGGUGGUGAAAUGACCAAAGUUUUUUGCCACCUCAACGGGUAGGAGAACAUAUAGUGCCUGGAGAGCUUGCCUAACCCUGAAUACAUUUACAGUUGUCUUGUACCCCUCUUAAAUUCCUUGCAAUUCCUCCAUGAUUCUGUAGGUCCUCACAGUGAAAUAGGGAGUGAUCCACAAAUUUCUAACAUCUGUAGGUGAAAAAUUGUGUGAUUCUUGAGGCAAAGUAAUCAUAUCAGUAGAUCAUAUACCACCAUUAUCCUUGGUGGUCCUAUAAAUGUAUCAUCUGAACACAAAUUUGUAUUUACUGUACACUCCAUAAAGUGAAUGAAGGAAUUUAGAAUUAGAAUGAUGGAAUUAGGACUGGAAUUUAUUCGGGUCACUGGUUGAUAUUUACUGGUAACAGUUUACCAGAGGAAAUUACUAAUUACUAUUAUUUUUAUAAUUCCUUUUAAAGUUUCUCAGCUUUCUAGCUCACAAAAGGGAUCUGUUUUAUAGGAUUACAUUUAUAUCAUAACUUGAUAGAGCCGGGAAUCAAAUUUAGUACAUUUAUAAAAUCUUUUCUAUGUAUGUGUCUAGACGAUUACCUGUUAGGGUCAGAACUCAAAGAGAGGUCUGUGGCUGUUUUUGCUGGUGGUUUUCAUACUACCAGACUUAAUAAAGGCAAAACUGCGAAAAACAAACCCCACCAGAAAUCUGCCAUUUAGUAAACACCACAAUCUGUACUGUUUUCUAUUGCUGAACAGAUAUGCAGCAAUAAGAAAUUCUAAGUCCCAGUAAUUGGUAAAUAUGUCCUCACCAUACCUCCUAACAUUUCAAAGUAAAGAAUGGAGACACGUUAGAUGUCCAGACUCUUCAGAUCAUACCAAAUUAAUUAAAGAUUUAUUAAUUUUAGGCAAAUAAAUCCUAAAAGAUUCUUCUCUGUACUCGGAUAGUUUGGUGACCAUGGGGCAUAUGUCAUAUUGUCCGAGUUUGCCGGAGAUGCGGGAUGCUGGCUGAUCUUGGAGGUUUUCUUAAAGCAGCAAUCAUUUACAAGGCAUAGUUUUGCCUUGUAAAUGAU